AUGGACUAUCGGUUCCAGCAUGGUCAAGGCUAUACUCACGCUGACAGCAGUGAAAACUCACUGAUGGACCCUACUUCUAACGACCUCUACAACGAUAAUGGUGAACAGCAUCAGAAUAGAAGACAAUAUGGCGACUUCUACAAUCAUUAUCCGCAAGACCGCAGUCAAGAGCAGCAAGCCGUCUACGAAAAUGAGCACCAAGCCUACUCUGGCAACUCUGGCGCCGUUUUUGACAACUUUCAACUGCACAGCACGAGCGACGCGCAACCUUAUAAUAUUCCAAGCAUCAACGUUUAUCAUGAUGCUCAGCCCAUACCGUUGACUCAAAAUAACGUGGCUCCUAUACCGUCUGUGAACGCGGCUCCAAGCAACGACCAGCUGUAUGCUCUGGGCUACGAUCCUCGCGGUUCAGAUGCCAGUGCACAGAUUAGCAACGAUGAAAACUUCCCUGCAGAAACACUGCCAAUUCUCAACCACCGGAGACCACCCCCGGCGUCGAACUCGACAACUCACGCUGGUGAUUUCACUCGACCAUCUGAUUACUACAAAUACGACCCAGAGGAUCCUAUGGACUAUAUCGAUCGAAAUGGUGAUGACUAUCAGAUUAAUACUUUUUAUGGAAACAACAAUCAAAUGGCCAACCCUUACGCUAGCACUUUUGACUUGAAUGAAUAUGCAGAUCAGGAAGCCUACUCAGUUGGGCCAAGCUCGCUCGGUUACGACGAGAGAAGAAGCAGAGAUCUGGGCGAUUAUUCAUACAACAACAACAAUGCGGAUCUGACCACACUUGCAAAACUGGGUUCUUCUGCGGACUUGAUUGAUGAUGAAGAUGAUGAUAUAGUUGUCAACAAUGGACGCGAGAAGUUUGGAGAGCAGUUUGGCUCUGACGAGCGUGGCGGCCCAUUAAGGAAGCACACCACUGUACGAAAGUUCAAACUGAGUAUGGGCAAUUUUGUUUUUGACUGUCCCAUCAGUGAAAAUCUCAUAGCUCAAUAUGUUAGAGCUGUGGACGAUCAAAACAAGCUUUCAAAUGAGUUCAAAUAUAUGAGAUAUCAGGCUGUGACUUGUGAGCCUCUAAUGUUUCAAUCAAACAAUUUCACUCUUCGUCAGCUCAAGUACGGUCAACCGCGUCAAACCGAGUUGAUGGUCGUAAUAACGAUGUACAACGAGGAUGAUGUCCUGCUGGGAAGAACUUUGAAGGGCGUCAUGGACAAUAUACGUCACUUCACAAAGAAAAAGAAUUCAUCCACCUGGGGAUCAGACGCAUGGAAGAAAAUUGUUGUUUGCAUUGUGUCAGACGGGAGGUCCAAAAUUCAUGAGCGCUCGUUAGCUCUCAUAAGCGCAUUGGGGUGCUACCAAGACGGCUUUGCCAAGGGAGAAAUCAACGAUAAAAAGGUAAUCGCACAUAUUUACGAGCACACCACUAAAGUCAAUAUUCGGAGCGUAAAGGAGGGGAAGGUGGAAUUGGAUUGCGGAGACAACACGGUGCCUAUCCAAUUGUUGUUUUGCUUGAAGGAAAACAAUCAAAAAAAGAUUAACUCACACCGCUGGGCACUAGAGGCAUUUGGUGAAGUUUUGCAGCCUACUGUGGUCAAUCUUCUGGACGCUGGAACCAUGCCUGGCAAGGACUCUAUCUACGAAUUAUGGCGGGAAUUCAAGAAUCCACAAGUUGGCGGUGCUUGCGGAGAGAUUAAAACAGACUUGGGUAAGGGCUUUGGGAAGCUGCUUAACCCCCUUGUGGCCUCCCAAAACUUUGAAUACAAGCUUUCAAACAUUUUGGACAAGACCACAGAAUCCAAUUUUGGGUUUAUAACAGUACUGCCCGGAGCUUUUUCGGCCUACCGUUUUGAAGCGAUACGAGGCGAGCCAUUGCGAAAGUAUUUCAUGGGCGAUGAUCUCAAUGCAAGGGUUUUCAUCUCCAACAUGUAUCUGGCAGAAGAUCGUAUUCUGUGCUUCGAGAUUGUUACCAAAAAAGACAGCAACUGGAUCUUAAAAUACUCCAAAACCUCUUAUGGGUCUACCGAUGUCCCUGAAAAAAUACCGGAGUUUAUUUUGCAAAGAAGAAGAUGGAUGAAUGGUUCUUUCUUUGCGGCGCUUUAUUCAUUCAUCCAUUUUUACAAGAUCUGGAGCAGCGGGCACUCAGUGGGUAGGAAGUUCAUGCUAAAUCUGCAGUUCAUAUACCUCGCCCUCAGCAGUCUGGUGUCGUGGUUUUCUCUCAGCUCAUUUUUCCUGGUUUUUAGAAUUUUGACCAUGUCGAUUGCUGUCACGUACAAUGAUCAGAAGGUAUUUCGGGUUUUGUCUGUCAUAUUUUUGUGGCUGUAUGGGGUGUCUGUGUUGAUAACGUUUAUUCUUUCUCUAGGCAAUAAACCUAAGGGCACUUCUAAAUUCUAUCUGUCCACCUUCAUCUUUUUCGCCAUUCUUAUGGUCUACAUGAUAUUCUGUUCCAUUUUCAUGAGUGUGCACUCAAUUCGCAACAUCAUCGACGCUGGCAACGUUACAUUCAAGAGCUUGCUGCUGCAGGAAACCUUCCGCGAUUUGGUAAUAUCGAUGGGGUCAACAUAUUGCUUAUAUUUGCUAAGCUCCUUGGUGUACCUGCAUCCCAUGCACAUGUUCACAAGUUUUGUGCAGUAUUUGUUGCUCAGCCCGUCCUACAUCAACGUGCUAAACAUAUAUGCGUUUUGCAACGUUCACGACAUUUCCUGGGGUACCAAGGGGUUCGUGGCAAAGCCGCUCGGCAAAAUUCACUCAAAGGAAGAUGGCACGGUAAAGCUGGAGAUCCCCGUGUCUGCUAAAGAGAUAGACGCCAAUUACUUAAAGUAUUGUGAGAUUUUGAAAAACCCUGCGGCCGAGGAAGAGGAAGGCGAGCUCUCGUUUGACGAGAAGCAAACCAGCUACUACGCAAUGGUACGGUCACUCGUGAUCAUCCUGUGGGUGAUUUCAAAUUUUGUUAUUGUAGCAGUGGUGCUGGAAACAGGAGGAAUUGGACAGUAUGAGUCCCUUAACAGCUCUAGUACGGCCACGGAAACUACUGUUUCUAUUCUGCCGCAGAGGUCCACCGUAUAUUUCUCCGUCAUUCUGUGGCUCGUGGCGUUCAUGGCCGCGUUCCGCUUCAUCGGGUGCUGUGUCUAUCUCACACAGAGAUUUUUCCAGCGGUUGAGAUCACGCUCGUGA